AUGGCCCCAAUAAGAAAUGGUGCAUUGAUAUUCAACGAAGUUCCUCAAAGGUAUCCCGUCCCCGGAAAGACUACGGUGUAUGACGAUAAGAGAACGAUUGACCUUGACAACGUUCCGUUGAAUGGAAGCGUCCUGAUCAAGGUCCUUGUUUUGUCUGUGGAUCCGUACAUGAGGGGGAGGAUGAGAGAGCCUGAGGUAAAGAGCUAUAGCCCUCCAUAUACCUUAGGUCAACCAAUCACGGGAGGUGCUGUUGGCGUUAUCCUCAGAUCUGAACACGACGAUUACAAGCCUGGUGACCAUGUCCUGGGCUUGGUAAAUUUUGAAGAAUACACGAUCCCUUCGAAUCUGACCUUUCUGAAAAAAAUAACCCGAGAGCCGGGAUUGGAUUGGCCUGUUUAUCUUGGGGCGGCUGGGAUGCCAGGCCGUUCGGCAUAUUUCGCGUGGAAAAAGUACGCACAGGCGAAGAAGGGAGAUACAGUGUUUGUUUCUGGAGGGGCAGGUCCCGUUGGAUUAAUGGUCAUCCAACUUGCAAAACUGGAUGGGAUGAAGGUCAUAGCUUCCGCGGGUACGGACGAGAAGGUCCAAGAUUGUAAGGAUGUGGGAGCGGAUGUUGCCUUCAAUUACAAACACACGGAGUUGAGCGAGGUAUUGGAGAAAGAUGGCCCUUGGCAUGUCUUUUGGGAUAACGUUGGAGGAGGAGUAUUUGACGCAGCCCUCCCUUACGCGGCACUUCAUGCCAGGGUCAUUGUCUGCGGUAUGAUCUCGACGUAUAACGAAGACCCUGAAGAAGGGGUGCGUCUGAAGAACCUACGAAUGAUACUUGUCAAGUCGCUACAUAUCCAUGGCUUCUUCGUUUCGGACCUAUCCACUCCAGAACUGGAAGAGGAGUUUUAUUCUACCAUUCCAAAGAAACUAGCGAGCGGUGAAUUGAAACAUAGGGAAGAUAUUACCAAAGGCUUGGAGAAUGCAGGCACGGCACUUGAAGACGUACAGAGGGGAAGAAAUUUCGGGAAGAAGGUGGUCCUCGUUGCGGAAGAGUAG